AUGGAACCUGGUUUUGACUCCUAUGACGGAUUUUUGAAAGGAUGCAAUUUUACAAUUGUACAUGCAAUUAUCGGGUUCGGCUUAGAUUUUGUGCCAUCAACUGUAGUUAACAUUUUGUACACAAUUAUUAGAAUACUGACCAACUACUUUAAUUCUGGGUAGUUGUUGCCAGAACAGUACACACUUACAAUAGCUGUGUCUAUUGCUUACAGUUAUUUGAUUUAUAAAAUUGAAUACUUGCACAGAUCAGCAUUUUUAUUUAAAUUUAGAGAUGAUAAUUGGGGUAAAAAAAAUAAUAAUUUGAAGAAGCACUGAUCCCGAAGCUUAUAACAAAACCCUUUGUUAUUCUGAGGUUCCGAAUAGAGAUCUUAUAGUUCUAAUAAAUAUCCUCAAAUAAGACAUAUGGGUAUUUCAUUAAUGAGGAGAAGACAAAGUAGUUCAUAAAUCAAUCAUCAGUUAGACAAACUAAUAAUAGUCUUUUACUGUAUCUUUACAAAAUCCACGAAGAGUAUUAGAAUAAGACUGACAUAAAGGAUGUUGAAUUUUGUGUAGAUCUAAUCUUUCAGGAGAAGAAAAUAAAGCUACAUUUAUUAUUAAAUAAGUUUGAAGAAUUGAAUUUUAUUAUGAUAUUAGAGUCAGAAGAUGUUAUCUUGAAAAAUUAGAAGCUCUAACAUAAGUUUUACAUGAAUCAUAUCUAAACCAAUCAUCUCAAAUAAUUGUCAAUGUCAUAGACUGUUUUAAGGAAAUUUUUGAAAUCUAAAAAUACAUCCUUGAUAAUUUAAUAUAAAUUAUCCCUCUUUUAAUAUUAAAUAUUAAAAGGCUAGAAAAUACUAUUUAAUGAUAAAUUAAUUAAUCUCAGUUAAUUUUAUUAAAAAGUUCUGAGUUAAUUGUAAUAAUAUUACCAAAUCAAAUUUUUAAUCUAAGAAAAUAUCGCACAGAUAACAUCUAAAUAGAUACAUCUACUUCUCAUUUUUGAACUUAUAAAAAAUGCAAAUCCUUAAACAGAGAUUAUAAUUAAAAUGUAUACUGAAAAAGAUAAAAUAAAACUUAGUUAUUCUGGAAUUAAUAAAUUACGAAAAUCUUAAAUAUUUAAUUUAUGUUAUAAAACCUUAAUAGAAGAUUAUUAACAAAAUUGCAAAAGUAUAAAUCAAUUAUUUUCUUAGCCCAUUCAUUUAUUUUUCAUAAGUUCCCAAUCUUUUCUUUUAAUGAGAUAAUGUCUAUAUAAUGUAAUGAAUAAAAAUAAGAUAUAAAGUUAAACUAAUAGAAGUCUAAUGACUGA